AUGACCCGAGGGCGAGGAGGGCGCGGGAGGGUGCGCACGCAGCGGUGCCCCGCCUUUAUUUAUUACGCUACGCGCGGUGCGCUCGGCGCCGGCAACGCCGCGCGGCGGGGCGGAGGCCGCAUUCCGGGCGGCCGGCGCCGGGGCCCGCCGGGCGUAGCUAAAAUAACGCGCCCCAAACUAUCUCGCAAAUCGCCCGACGUCAGUAUCGAGUCACACUUUAAAAUAAGUCAUCUCGAAACUUACUCGAAUUCAGGAGCGAAAGGCGAACACUUGCGUCAACCCCGUACCACUGUCUCUGCGCACUGGCAACAUAUUCACUGUCCG